ACAAACAAGUCCCUUUUCACUAAAAUUACGAAUUUUAAAGUGAAAUUCUCGCAAAAUCCUGUAAAAAAUGGCAUCUUCCGUGCCUAUAUCCGUCGAAGUCCCCAACGAGAAUCAAAUUCAAGAAAUCGGCUACGACGGAACCGAAACCUAUCAAUCUCCCUUAACUUUAUCGGAAAACUUGUCCCGAUGUGCAGCGAAAAUCGACUUUAGCAAGGACAAAACCGCAACAGAGCUCCAAAAAAUCAAAACCGAAGAAGGCAUUAAAAAGGAAGAAGAUUCAAAGGAAACCCAACAACAACCUGCAUUAUGGCCAUGGGAUUCGGUGCGAAACAAACUCAAAGACGCCUUUACCGAAGUCUGCGUUUUGUCGGAUGUCCUUUCGAUUGCCAAGGAAAAACGUUACAUGGUUUUAGAUCCGGUGCCGCAAGAAACGCCCGAAGUGAAACCCAUUGUGCUCGUCUAUGCUCGUAAACAAGCCCUCAUUAAGGCAGGAAAAAUCUUGUCUGACGGCGCUGAACGACUUCGAAGUUCGCAGAAAGAACAAAGCCCGAAAACGGAUUUUCACAUCGAUUUGCUUCGUUUGCGUCAAAAUUGGCGUUUGAAGAAGGUUUCGAACGGGAUUAUCGGGGAUUUGAGUUAUCGCACUGCCGGAUCGAAAUUUAUGCAUUCAAACGGGAUGUUUGAAGUGAUAAAAGCGGAUGACGAGGAUGAAGAGGGAAACACGAGUGGGACUCCGGGAUCGUCUUCUGGUUUGCGUGUAAAUGUUCCGUCGCAACUGCAGGGUGUCGCUUACAUCAAAGUCGUUACGCAAAAAGAUCAGGAAGACUUGUGCACGGCAUCGGUCAAUUUGCAUGGGUAUGGCGCGAAUAUCAGUCAACAAACGGGCGUUUGGCAAAAAACCUUGGAAUUUGCGCAAAAUGUGCUUUUUUGCAAGGAACUUUUUAAUCAACUUGCACGAGAAGCGGUCCAACUUCAAGCUCCCAUUCCUCAUGUCGUCGUUGGAAAUCAAAUCCGAGCAACUCUUUUGCCCGGGAUUCAGUUAAUUAUCAGUUUGUGUCACUCCACAGACCCAAAAGACCCGAAAGAAACGGCUCCCAUUAACGAUCACGAUCACGUGCUCGAACAUUCGUUGCAUCAACUCCUCCGUGAAGUGCAUCACAAAAAUAUGCAUCAUCCGUUCCCGCAUCCGGCAAGUGGUCCCAUUGGUCCGUCGAAGAAACGAAGUCUUGCUGGUCCCAUGGCGUUCGAUCGUUACGAAUUACUCGAAAUGACGAAAUCCCAAACCCUGCUGGAACAAAUUAUCGGACAAGCGCAACACAUUUUCAUGCGGAAACGAACGCAAUAUGUCCUCGAUACGCUCGCGCGUGACGUCAAAGAUCCCCAAAUCACGUCGCAUUGGAAUUCGAUGAACUUUCCGACACUUUCGUGCGUUAAAAUCAACAUUACCUCGUACGGGUUCGAUGCGAGUCGCUCAAAUUUGCUGAUUCACGUGAAAGAACGUUCUCUGAAGGCGAUUUGCAAAGAUGGGCGCGUCAUGAAUAUGUCGUAUGAGCCACAAGAGUUACGGGACUUGAUUUUGUGUCAAAUUAGUCAUCAUCAAAUCGCGGGAUUGCAAAUUUUGGCGAAAUGUAUGGCAUGGCAGAUUUUGUCGAAUAGCAGCAAUCUCGGCAUUGGGUCUGUUGAACCGCUCGGAAAUGCCAGCAGUUGUUUGUUGUGCUCGCCAAAUGGAGAUAAAAUGAUUGCCGUGCAAGUGAGAUGCGAUCCGCAAAUUGAUGUGAAAGUUUAUAUCGCACAAUGCCCGAAUAAGGAUUUCACGCCGGGUCCAAUACUGACGGAAGAGCAUUGGGCUUAUAUUAAUGUCGAGUUUCAAGAGGUUCAAUUUGAUAAGAUGGAAGGAAGAAAUUUUUUGAAUAAAAUGGAAUAUUUGAUGGCAGCUCUAAUUGCGCCUCCUUAGAGUUAAAAUUUAGUUUUGUAUUUAUUCGUAUUGUAAGAUAAUUUUUUUUAUUAUUAAAAAUUUUUAAAUAUUAAUUUGAAA